AAAUUGUCAUUAAUUAAAAAUAUGAACUUACAAAUAAUCCCAGAGUCUUGGAAGAAAAUAGCGUAAAAACGGGGUUAAAUUCGUCUCUAGGCCUCUCCGUAAUGUUCGUAACCCUCAAAAAGGGUUAGGGAGGCCUUAUUUAUAGAAAAAGGGGAAAAAAUAUGAAUUCUGGCCGAUUUGGGAUUCAAUUUCGCGUAACCCGGAGCUACGCACGGCGUGUGUCCCCCCUACGCACGGCCGUGCGUAGCUGGCAGUGUCUUCCUUGCUUUUCUCGCUUCAGACGCAUGGUCGUGCGUUCCCCUACGCACGGCGUGCGUAAAACUUCCGAAUUUGACAAAACUUUCUUCAUGAAAGUUGUAGAUAAUGAAGUCCUCUAUCCACCCCAAUUUGCCGAAUGUGAUUUGAAUCAUCCAAUCAAGAGAUAUGAUCAAAACGGUGGAAGGUGUCUUUCUGAAAUCGCAGCAGAGAUCAUCUGACUUCAUCGUCUGUUUUCACCUUCUUCCUCUCAGAUUCUCGCAAAGGUGUCUUCAUAUGAUUUGUAGCCCUUGAAGUUGGCUUUCCUAUGCAACUUGAAUCGUGUCCAUUGGUUGUUCCUACAAAGAGAUAAGCUUGAACGAUUGACAUAAGGUCAUUCUGAUCGUCGUUUUCAAGCUUCAUUCAUCUUCUUUUGAUCCCGAAGCCAAUCCUAGAGCUCUUUUUCCUUCAAAUCUUCAUCGUGAAUCUUACGGUGACCUCCAAAGAUAUCAAAUCAUUCUCAAAUGCUUCUCAAAUCAUCCCGAUUGUUCCUCAAGUGCCGGUAUCGGGCUCAAAUUCCCUGAUUUUGACUACAAACAACACAAAACUCGAACCAACGCCCGGUAAACAUAACUUGAGCUAAAAUUGAGACUUGCAACACCUUAAAGCUAGGGAAAACCAUCAAAACCGAUCCCAACACGCAUCAAAUACGUGUCAAAAUACGGACUUAUCACCAGGGGAGGAAGUUUUCGACCCAUCAUCUCCAAUGCCUCUGCCAAUUGUAGUGCCGGAUGGCUACGAUUUCUUCCAACUUGGCGUUGGUGCAAAUGAGGAUGAAGAAAAAACAUGUGCAAUUUGUUUUGGCAAGUACGAACCGCAGUGCCUCAUGAUUCGCCUCCAAUGUAUGGAUGAACUUUUGCCCGAUCGUAAGAAGCAUAUCCACAAGGAGGCGGAGGCCGCAGCAGCAAUAUUGCUGCCAUGUUACCACAUAUUUCAUGCAAAAUGCAUUGUCGGGUGGUUUAAGGUCCGAGGUCAUCAUAGCAAACAUCCCACAACCGGUUAUAUUACUUGCCCUCUAUGCAGGUUUGGUAUUCCCUCCCGCAUUUAUGUGCUUUCUCUUUUACACAACUUUCCUCUUAAACUGAUGAGAGUUGAGCAUUUAAGAAUGGAUGUUAAGUGAACCAGUCUGGGCCACCAAGCCCAUUAUGUUUGUAUGUAUUCCAAGCCUUCCCCUGAGCAACAUACCAAAGAAGAGAGAACUUGUGCCAUUUUUAGUGUGCUGACGGAUGAGUUUGAAUUUUCAAUUUUGUUACUAGUCAUUUUUCAGAUUUUCCCAUCCUUUCUACGUGUAAUUUAUUCAUACGUUAGUUGUUUUGAUGGCAGCUGACAGAUUUUCCCAUGUACUUGUUAUUUCCGUUAACAAUACCACUUGAGCCAACUAACAAAUAGUGUGGUGAGCAUAGUGUAUCCAAUUUUUGUUGUGAAAUUGGAUUAAAAAGAAUGUUUUUGCCCGGCUUAAUUUCUCUGCAAAGCCAUUUUAUAGACAAAGUAAAAUAAACCUAGUUGCUGCAAAUUGCUUACUCUAACUUCCUCUCGCAUUGUGGUAAACUUAUGAAUACAUUCAAAUGUCGAAAUGGACAAUCCCUGCACCAUUUGGGCACCAUCAAUGACUGGAAGAGUGAAAUUUGGCUCUUUGUCCUUGGCAUUAAAGCUGCUGGCAAGCAUGGCUUUCAAAGCCCAAAAUGCAUUAACAUCUUGUUUUAAUUUUGUUAGAAGUGCAGUUGAGUGUAAGAUCACUAUGACACUAUAUAUAGCUUGGGUUGUGCUCAGUACUCUUUUAGGAGCAUACUAAUAAUGAAUAAAACUUCAAGUUCUGAUUUUGGAACCAUACAUCUACAAACUAAAAGCCAUGUACUUUGGAACCAUACAUCUACAAACUAAAAGCCAUGUACUAUCGUAAUAUAUUUAUAUAUGCAAAAUUGAAUGUACUCUGGACAAGUUUUAGUUUCCCUGAAAGUGUACGAUGCAGUGGUGUUAUAAUGAUUUCCCACCGCAAUGGCGCGGUAAGAAUCCUCUUUCUCUGCUUUGUUUUCCCUUCAUUGUGAUGCUUUUGAAUUUCUUUUGGUGUCCUUGUGCACAGUUAAUUACUCUCUGCUUGGGAAGAUAUUAGCUGAAAAUGCAACUGGUAUGAUUUAGUCUCAAUGAGCCAAAAUGAAUGAUACUACGUAUGAUUUAAUGUGGUCCAAAUUACAAUCAUUCCUGCCUAACCUCAAAUUCCAAGCUUCUCCCAUGCUUUGAUUUCUAGUUUCUACCAUUGGAUUGAAUUUAUUUCAUUGAACUUUACGAGUCAAGUGUUACUACUCCAGUCUUAAUCUUCCAACUUUCUAAGUGUAUUCAGCAAUAGUUUUUCAAACUAUUUACUCUUAAUGUUGGUUUGGGAAGAAAUAAUGAAGUGUAUGGAGACAUGAUCUAAUGCUGUUUUUGUCUUGCUUUUAUCUGUUUCCCUUUUGUUGUUCCUCAAUUUCAGGAAUGAACCUCAUACCAUCUUUUGCCUUAAUCUUUUCCCUUUUAUAGCUAAAAGCCUCAGAUAUGAUAUGGGAGUAAUAAAAAGUAAAAACUAUAUAGAAAAUAAAUAUGACAGGUUUGGUAAAUGGAAAUAAACAAAAGAUACUGUAAAAGUUUGAAUCAAGACUCACCAAAAAACCUCAGGAAUGCUGGUAGGAGAAUGUAAAAUUUAUUGUCUAAAAAUAAUCUAAGGUUAAAUAUAGACAUGAAAAGAAACACGAUGUGUGUGAAGGGCCACUCAAUGACAAAACAUUCAAAUUCUUUUUAACUUUCAAUAGAAAAUACAAAAAACAUCAGUCAAAAUGUUAGUAACGCGGACAAACAUGCCAAAAUGAUAGCUCCAUGCAGCAUUUUUCAAAACAAUUUGUUAAAUGAAUUAUCCGAAUUCGAAAAACACAGUAAAAAAUAUAUAAGAAACUGAUAGUAUGAAUGCAAUAAAAGUUGAAACAAGUUCCUAAAAACAUUACUGCCAGCCGUAGGUGGAGCAAGAAAGUAACUCUAUUUUUUUUUAAAGCAUUUCGAAUUAACAUUUCCAUCAUUUGCAAUGGAGCCAAAGAUUCAUUAUUUUUUGGCUUGAGAAUAUGAUGGAAUAAAGUAAAAUGGCUCACCAAACUGUCUGUUCUUCUUUGUUAUGAAGCAGCAGUCAGCAUGCAAUUUUGGACGCGAUUUUCAUUAUGGGUCAUCCAGAAACAAUCUCUCUGUGCUUUAGUACAGGGGUAAGAUUGCGUACAUCCGACCUCCCCUUACCCCAUCAUAGGUGGGAGCCUUUGCGGUACUGGGGUAAAUGAUGAUUGAUUGAUUUCGAAUUAACUCUUUCUAGCGUCACAGAAUAAAUCACUAAUCAUUCUAGAACAAUUGAAAGUUAGGAUACACACAUCAGAAGUAACCUCAUAAGCAUAAAGUUGGUAAGAACAAUUGAAAUAACAUAAAGAACAACAAUAAUCAUAAUAAGAAGUUCUUAAUCACAUGAAUUUGUUUAUGUUUUUAUUAUUAUUAAACAAAUGUUAACCAUGGUUUGGUGUAUAACAAACAUUUCGGGUGUUAUCCAUGGAAACUACAUGUCACCGCAAAGCAAGAGAUAAGAUAACUUCGAUAAAAUGUGUUUAGAUUUUUUAUUUAACAAACUUGUUGUAUAGUACUAAAAUUUAACGGGCCGAUUUGGAUUGAGUAUUGAGAAGUGUUAGUAAUGGGAGUGUUAGUAAGUAUUGAUACUAACACUUGUUUUGGAGAAAAAUUAAGAGGUGUUAAGAAGUGUUAGUAACGGUUAGGAAGUGUUAAUAAUAAACCCAAAAUAGGACUAAAAAAGUUUGAAAAUUACAAAAUAGGACUAAUUACUGUCAUAUUUAGGCAGUACCAGACUUCAAAUAUGACAGUAUUUUUUAAACUUGACAAUAAAUAGUCCUAUUUUGGGAAUAAAAACAUGACAGUUCUAUUUUGGAAUUUCGAAACUUUUUUAGUCCUAUUUCGGGAACUUUCCCUAAUAAUAACCUUCCCAACACCUCAAUUGUCCAUUUUUUUAACACCCCGAUUUGGAGUGUUUUGAGGUGUUGGACAAUUAUUACAUUCUCAUUUACCCUAAAAAUAUAUAAUGCUUUGACAUCUCACUUCGAAUAUCUUUGUCGAGGGUCUGAUGGUCUUCCUUUUUCGUCUCUUCUUUGUUCUGCUCCAAGGUAAAAUUAUUAACACUUACAUUACUAACACUUCAUUCAUUUGACUCUCCCAAACAAAGUAAAAUUAUGUCUAACACUUACACUUCUCUUCCCUUCCGGGCCCUUACUAACACUUCCAUUACUAACACCUCCAAACACUCCAUCCAAACAGUCCGUAAGAGUUUUGUCAAAAAAAAAAAAACAAUGAAGUGUAAGUAACCUGACUAUGAAAUAAGAGUUAGUAAAUUGACUCGUAUUACCUCAUUCAGCAAAGUAUAUAAACUAUAGACGAUUAAAUCAGUAUAUUAAAGAGAAUUUACCCCCAAAUAGGACUAAAAAGGUUUGAAAAUUCCAAAAUAGGAAUGCCAUGUUUUUAUUCCCAAAAUAGGACUAAUUACUGCCAUGUUUUGGCAAUACCAGACUUCAAACAUGACAGUAUUUUCCAAACUUGACAUUAAUUACUCCUAUUUUGGGAAUAAAAAACAUGACAGUCCUAUUUUGGAAUUUUCAAACUGUUUUAGUCCUAUUUUGGGAACUUUCCCUAUAUUAAACUAUAAAUAACCUAAUAAUUAAGACAUAGUUCAGUGACUCUUACCUCGUUCCAUAAAUUAUACUCCGUGUUAACUAUGAACUCUAAAAUACGGAGUAAGUAUAUUCAAUAUUAAUAAAAAAAGAAGCUAGUAAACUGUUCUUACAUCAAACCUUUCACGUAAAAAGAAAGGUAUACCAUAAUUUUUCCCGAAAGUUCCUACCUAACAAUAACCAAAUAUUUUGAAUUUAAGAUAGUACACACUGUACAAUUCCAUACUUUCCCUAAACAGUCUGUACCAGGGGAGGAUCUAUGUUAGGGCUAUGGUGGGCUGAAGCCCAGGGCAAAGCAAAAAAAAAAAUUAUUUUUUAAGGUAUUAUUUUGACAUAAUUCCAUCUAGCCCACCCCGGAUUUUUGUAUAACCCAGUCCAACUUUUCAGCCUAGUCUAUAAAACAAAAUCUUACCAUCUAAAAAUCUAAUAUAAAUGUUAAACACAUCACCUCCCACUUAAUAAGUGGCACUUAAUAAAUAUGUAUAAUGGCCAUAAAGCCCACAAAGCAUCAAUGUAAUAAAUACAAUAAAAUAUGAUUCAAUUAAGAACUUGAUUAGCAUGUUCACAUGAACUUGUAAAGUGUUUGAGUAUCUUCAACAACAUUAAUUGUCCAAAAGUGAGUUCUUGGGCAAAAGUUUGUAGUGUAUAUAGACAUUCUUCAUGUUUUAAAUUUGUGUUCAAUUUACUUUAGUUUGAUGCACAAAGUUAUGGCAUUAACGACUAUUCUCUCUCAAAGUCUUCAAAAAAAAUUAUUGAAUAUCUCGGUAGCCAUGAGACAUCUUUCUACUACACAACUCAUUCUUAAGGAAUUGACAGAAAAUAGAUGGGAAUGUUUUCUUGAAGAAGUAAAUGAGUUUUUCUCAAAAAAUAAAUCCAUGCACCAGACUUGAAUUCUAGUUUCUAAAUAUAUGGUUGGUCAUUGCUGAAAAGAAACUACAAUUGAGAAUCAUUAUGACUUUGAUGUUUUCAAUGAGGUAAUAUACUUUUAUCCAUGGAGUUAACGACCCAGUUUAAUGAUAAAUCAGUGGAACUCCUUUCUUUGAGUGUUUCAUUUGAUCCAAAAAAAUCAUAUGAGUCGUUCAAUGCCGAUGCUAUUUGUACUCUUUGUAAGGAAGUUUUAUCCCGAAGAUUUUAGUAGUCAGGACAUUCGUGCUUUGAAAUUCGAGCUGCAACACUAUGUUCAUGAUGUGAUUCAUGAUACCAAGUUUCAAGUAUCUACACUUGUUGAAUUAUGUGAGGAGUUAACUAAAAGCAAAAGGCCUGAUUCAUAUGUUAAGAUGACUAGAUUGAUUCACUUCGUAUUGGUCUUAUUGUUUCUACUGCAACAGUAGAUAGAAUGAUCAUUUUCUGUCGUGAAACUUCUAAAGGCAACACUCUGCAACAAAUAGAUGAUGGUUUUCUUGCUGAUUGCAUGACACUUUACAUUGAAAAAUAUAUUACUCUCAGUAUAGAUGUAGACUCUAGUGUUGAUGAGUUUUUUUUGUUUCAAAGCCUUGUCUAGAACAAAUUUAGGGGGUAACUUUUAUAUUUGAUUUUUCGCUUAUUUUGAAAAAAAAAAUCAAUGUAUUAUCAAUUAAAUUUUUCAGCCCAGCCCAACAUUAAAUUCUGGAUCCGCCCCUGGUCUGUACACACAGAUGAACUAAGCAAAUCCCAACCCAAGUAGUGAACGAAGGAACCAAUUGCGAAUCAGAUGACCGAUCUAUGUUUUUUGCCGACCAGUCUACAUUUGGAAAAGUAAAACCUAUGUGGCUGCUAACGUGGUAAAAGAUAGCCAUGAUUGGCUAAAACAGGGCACCCACAUAAUAAUAGGGAUUAAAAGGUUGUUAACAGGUCAUAAGAACUCAUUUGCUUCCUUUGUUAAUUUUUAAAAUAAUUAAAAA